CUGGGCAGGUAUUAAGACUUGCUUUGACCAAUAAAAUGUGGUAGACAUUGUAUGACAUUUGAAUAAGGCCUUAAGAGACCUUGCAGCUUCCAGUUUUGCCCUCUUGGAACCUGAGACCAUCACAUUGUAAAGAAGCCCAGGAUGAAAGAUCGCAUGGAGAGAAGGGCACAGCCUGCUCAACUCUUCCAGGUGAUGCUCCAGACACCGGAGUGAGGCCAUGUUGAACUAGCUAGCCUCAGCUGAGCUGACAGAUGACUAAGCUGCAUGAAUGACCACCAGUUGGUGUCAUGCAAGAAUCUAUUUGCACUGACUAAAGAUAUUGGAAGAGUGAAGAUCAGAGAAUUUUAAGUCUGAAAUUUGGCAUCACUGCCCUGAACAAUAUAACCUUAGUUGACAUAAACUACUCAUACAGACGAAGGCAUUAUCCAUCACAAUAAGUAACUUUUUGUCUUUAUUUCAACCGGACAAUCGUGAUUGGAAAAGCUCCUGUGACAAAAUUCAAGAAAACCUGACAUAAAUGAACAACAACACAACAUGUAUUCAACCAUCUAUGAUCUCUUCCAUGGCUUUACCAAUCAUUUACAUCCUCCUUUGUAUUGUUGGUGUUUUUGGAAACUCUCUCUCUCAAUGGAUAUUUUUAACAAAAAUAGGUAAAAAAACAUCAACACACAUCUACCUGUCACACCUUGUGACUGCAAACUUACUUGUGUGCAGUGCCAUGCCUUUCAUGAGUAUCUAUUUCCUGAAAGGUUUCCAAUGGGAAUAUCAAUCUGCUCAAUGCAGAGUGGUCAAUUUUUUGGGAACUCUAUCCAUGCAUGUAAGUAUGUUUGUCAGUCUCUUAAUUUUAAGUUGGAUUGCCAUAAGCCGCUAUGCUACCUUAAUGCAAAAGGAUUCCUCGCAAGAGACUACUUCAUGCUAUGAGAAAAUAUUUUAUGGCCAUUUACUGAAAAAAUUUCGCCAGCCCAACUUUGCUAGAAAACUAUGCAUUUACAUAUGGGGAGUUGUACUGGGCAUAAUUAUUCCAGUUACCGUAUACUACUCAGUCAUAGAGGCUACAGGAGGAGAAGAGAGCCUAUGCUACAAUCGGCAGAUGGAACUAGGAGCCAUGAUCUCUCAGAUUGCAGGUCUCAUUGGAACCACAUUUAUUGGAUUUUCCUUUUUAGUAGUACUAACAUCAUACUACUCUUUUGUAAGCCAUCUGAGAAAAAUAAGAACCUGUACGUCCAUUAUGGAGAAGGAUUUGACUUACAGUUCUGUGAAAAGACAUCUUUUGGUCAUCCAGAUUCUACUAAUAGUUUGCUUCCUUCCUUAUAGCAUUUUUAAACCCAUUUUUUAUGUUCUACACCAAAGAGAUAACUGUCAGCAAUUGAAUUAUUUAAUAGAAAUAAAAAACAUCCUCACCUGUCUUGCUUCGGCCAGAAGUAGCACAGACCCCAUUAUAUUUCUUUUAUUAGAUAAAACAUUCAAGAAGACACUAUAUAAUCUCUUUACAAAGUCUAAUUCAGCACAUAUGCAAUCAUAUGGUUGACUUUUGAACGGAAAACCCCACAAUAUUAAGAAAAGCAUUCAUGUGACUUUAUUAGGGACACUAAACUACAUCAUUAACAUGUCACAGCUUGGUUGACAAUAAUCACCAAGAAAAUCUCUUUGGUUUUUAAAAAUAAGUAAACAUAUAUUCAUAAAACUCAAAAAACAGUUCUACUUAUACUGAAUGUUGAGAUGGCAGAAACUUUCAGAAGCAAAAAUUAAGCAGAUUGAAAGGAUCCCACUCAUAUGAAACUAACAGGCUAUUUUCUGUUUAAACUCAACUAACUGUGAGUGCUUCUGUUCAGAACACGUUAUUUCAUGACUAGGAUAAAGAAGCAAAUGGUUUAUGACUUGUCUGCUUUCUGGUAGUUAGAAUACAAGGGUCAAUCUAUGGCCAGUGUUUAUUGGUAAUUUUAAAAUCUUUAAAAAUAAGUAGCUGGGCGCAGUGGCUCACGCCUGUAAUCCCAGCACUUUGGGAGGCUGACGUGGGUGGAUCAUUUUGAGAUCAGGAGUUCAAGACCACCCUGGGCAACAUGGUGAAACCCCGUCUCUACUAAAAAUACAAAAAUUAGCUGGACAUGGUGGUGGGCGCCUGUAAUCCCAGCUACUUGGGAGGCUGAGGCAGGAGAAUCGCUUGAGCCCUGGACGGAGGUUGCAGUGAGCAGAGAUCGUGCCACUGCACUACAGCCUGGGAGGCAGAGCGAGACUCUAUCUCAUAAAACAAAACAAAAAAAUAAAAAUAAGUAAAAAAAAAAAAAGAAAUAUCCUCAUUCACGUCUUAUCUAAAUGCAUGAAUAAUACAGUGAAAAAAAUCCAAGGUUUUAUAAACACAUUAUUUAUUUGAAAUUAUCUGGCUCAUGCUAUUGGGGAGAAGCAAUAUUCAUUGACUAUAUUUUUGAAGCAGAUGUUACUUAUAAAAAUGCUUAAAUAUUUGGAUUAGGCUGUGUCAAAGUAAAAAGCUAUGUCAUUAUAUGCCUAUCUUCAUCACAUUGUGCAUAUUUUCUUCUGUAUUCAAUAUAAAUAAUGUUAUUAGUAACAAACAGUACCUGGCAGUUAAUUUUUUGUGAAAUAAAUGAAUGAAUAAUAGGGGAGUGUAAUAGUAUUGCAGUUAAGAGAUUGAUCUCUGAAGUUAUACUUCUUGGGUUCAAUCUGGCUCUACUUUUUAUUUAGCUGGACAAUCUUAGGCAAAUUAACUUAUCUUCUGUAUGUGUUAAUUUCUUCAUUUGUAGAGCAGAAAAUACUAUCUUAUUCACAGAUCCUAUUAUUAAAUCAGCUGUUACUAUUAUGAGUAGCUAACGCUUAGUAAGCACUUGCUGUUUGCUAAGGAUUCUACUUAUAUGCUUUACAUAUAUUAUUUUAAUCACCACAACUCUAAAGUAUACUAAUUUACUGAUGAAAAUAUUGAAGUGGGCUGGGUGCGGUGGCUCAUGCCUGUAAUCCCAGCACUCUGGGAGGCCGAGGUGGGCAGAUCACCUGAGGUCAGGAGUUUGAGAUCAGCCUGGCCAACAUGGCGAAACCCACCUCUACUAAAAAUACAAAAAUUAGUUGGGCGUGGUGGUGCGUGCCUGUAGUCCCAGCUACUCGGGAGGCUGAGGCAAGAGAAUCACUUGAACUCAGGAGGUGGAGGUUGCAGUGAGCCAAGAUCGUGCCAUUGCACUCCAGCCUGGGCGACAGAGUGAGACUCUGUCUCAGAAAAAAAAAAAAAAAAAAAAAAAUAUAUAUAUAUAUAUAUAUAUGUAUAUGUGCAUAGUUAAGUAAAUCACCCCAAUUUUUUCUAAUAUUUAAGUGAACAUUUAAAGAUAAGCAUUUCUUAAUGUUAAUUUCUUUUCUUCCAUGUAAUCUUGUCAGUAGACAAAUGAUGGUGACUAUAUUCUGUAGUAAGUACAUAGAUCAUGAUUAAAAAAAAAAGCGUGUUCUAUCUGCCCAAAGAGAUCAUAAGCACUUUGGAGCUAUAAACUUCUUGUCUAUUUCUACUUCCAUGGUACCGGUAUUCUCUUCUCAGAUAACCAAACAAAAACAGCUGAAUAAAAUCAACCGUUAAUAGUAA